UACAUUCCUCUUUCCUUGAGAGGUCUAUUUUCUGCCUUUGUUGGGAUUACUGUAACCUUUUCUGUUUGAAAUUCUUGUCCUUUUCUUGAUCCAGGCUACUUUAAAUAGAAGAGGAAAGGAAAUUAACAGAGGAACCAACAAAGCCCAUCUCUCUUCUCAGAAUUGAUUCCCUGACCUUUUUCACUGUCUGUGUCCCCCCCCAGAAAAUCUGCUUUUCAUCUGCACCGUUCCAACCUCCCGCAACAGAGGAAGUCCCCGAAGCUUUUUCAGCCUCUUUUAAAAGAAUCCACCUCUGCAGGCAGACACCAAGCUUCGUUUCUGUGCCAAAGACAUGAAGCACCGUCUGGGCUUCUUGCUGCAGAAAUCAGAYUCCUGUGACUACAGCUCUUCCCAGAGCAAGAAGGAGAAGAUCUCCUCGAGCCAGAGGCUUAGCCAAGAGGAAGUCAGAAAAUGGGCAGACUCUUUGGAAAAUUUGAUCCAUCAUGACAGAGGAUUGGCAGCUUUCCGGGCUUUUCUCAAAUCUGAGUACAGCGAGGAAAACAUCGAGUUCUGGGUCAGCUGUGAGGAGUACAAGAAAACCAAGUCUCCAGCCAAGCUCAGCCCCAAGGCCAGGAAGAUCUAUGAUGAGUUCAUCUCAGUGCAGGCCACAAAAGAGGUGAAUUUGGACUCGUGCACACGUGAGAAGACAAGCCACAACAUGCUGGAGCCGACGCUGUCCUGCUUUGAUGAGGCUCAGAGAAAAAUAUUCACCCUGAUGGAGAAGGAUUCUUACCGCCGCUUCCUCAAGUCCCCGUACUAYCUGGACUUGGUCAGCCCCCCUGGUGCUGGCUGCAGGCCCGAAAACUGCAAAAGGAACCACGCUCACACCUUAGACUGCAACUCCAACAUCAUCUCCCAGUGCGCCUGAGCCUGCAGCRAGGCAGGGGUGGGCCGGGCUCUCGCCAGAACACACGGCAGCAAAAGCAUUCAUUGGCAUGAAGCAGCAGAGCUGUCUCCAAUAGCUGUCUAAUGUCCCAGUUGUGUCCCAUGUCAUGCAGCAGCCAGCAUUCGUAACCCCAUCCAGGCUCAGUGUGUGUAGCAAACCCUCCUCGGGCUCGGUGGGCGCAGGAGUGCUGGGGUCUGGCGGGAGAGCUGGGCGCAGUGGCUGCGUGGCGCCGGGGCUCUGCMGAGCCCUGUGACCACAGCGUGUGCAGGGCAGCUCAGGCUCAGCCCUGGCACUGCCCACGGGGGUCAGUCACUCUGGGACAGGUGCAGGKCAAAGAGGAAGCCGAGGGAAGUACUGGGGACUGUGAUCUCCCCUCGCGAAUCUGCAGAAGCUGAGGUGAAAAGGAUUGGCUCUGGUCCUUAGCUGUUGGUAGCUCCCGCAUGCCCAGGCUGUCAGGAGUGUUUGCUCAGAGCUCAGGCUGUGCUGCAUUGCAGUACCAGGCACAGGAAGAGCUCCUACYCUUUCUUGAAGGGAGACCAAAACUUUUCAAACAGCCUCCCUUGGCCAUCACAGCCACAGCCGCAGGGAAGCUCAGCCUCCCUCGGUCAUCACAGGGAAGCUCUUCCCUCUGGCCGCUGCUCCCUCRGUAGCACCACGUCUGUGCUGGCCAAGGAUCUUCCCUAGGGCUGUACAGAGCUGGCAUUUCGGGSGAGGCUCCUCAUUUCCUGUGUUAUUAACCUUUGUGCUCCCAGGUUAAAUACUUCAGCAGAACAGCAACAUGUUUCUUCUCUCCCAGACUGACGGGUGUAUAUUCCUGACUCUGGGGGUGCCAUUUGGAUUCAGGUUUGCCUGUCCUGGCCUGUAAGGAGCAGUUUGUGAGAGAAUAGGACCACAUCAUCUGGGGAGGAAAGGCUCUGCUCAGGAGUACUCGAAAACGUUGGGGUUUUUAUGGUGUUCUUUAUGUGUUUCAGUAGCAGCAUGGCUCACUUUUCCUGAGGAUGGUAGCAGGGAUGCGUCUAUCUCAUCCCUGCUCCGGGGCUUUGCCAGAAGGCAGCUCACAGUUUGAUUGCUGUGGUCAGACACGGCCUGUGCCAUGGGCUGUGGCUCUGAGCUGCAGCUGGAUGCACAGGAGACAGCUGCAGGAYCAGGAAUUCACUGCCCCCAGCCCUCGGUCUCUCCUUCCUUCARUAUUGCUGCUCUGGCCACUGUGUAUCCUGCGCUCUGCAUCCCAGUCCAGACAACAGCUCUCACCCGGGGUUUUGGCAUGGCAGGAGGAGGCUGUGGCUCUCCAGGCCYGCAGAGAAACUUCUUUUUUUAACAUGUGCUUUAUUUUGUAUUUAUCCAAUGUACCAACACAUAUCACCAUGCAUGUUCAGCUAAGAGAUGGAGAGGCUUGCUAAAGUGCUCAACAUAGCCAAGCAUGUGGCUAUGUUUUAUUUUCCCCUGGUACUGGGAACUCUUGAUAACUAUUGCAARAACUGUAUCAAUAUUUAAAUAAUGAUGAAUGCAUUCAAAAUAAAAAUGUUUGCGUUAGUCCCUUCUGAGAUGCCAUGGUGUGA